CUCCUUUGGUUUUCUCCUAGUUUAAUAUCCAAUUUUAUUACAGGUAUUAAUUUAAAUCAGGAUGCUGUUAUCCACAAAAAUGUCCACAGUCUCAAAUCACUUGACCGUCAGCAUGAAAUUACUGCAAUGGCAUGGGGUAACCAAAAUCAGACUGAGGUCUUGAUUGGUUUGAGAAAUAAAAUUGUUCAAGUAUUUGACACAGAAGAUAAAGCCUUUGUCUCAUCCCGUCAAAUUAAUACUGGUGAAGGGCCCAUUGUAUCAUUAGCCAGAUGGAAUGGUAUUACUGUAACAGCAUUAAAGUCAGGACAAGUUACAAUAUGGAAUGCUGAUAAUCCUGUCGAGAUUAAUGCACUGAAGGCUGGAGAAACAUUGGCACGGAUGCGCCAGUCACCUGUCUCACCAAAUAUCAUUGCUACUGGUGGGAAGGAAAAUGAACUUAAUAUCUGGGAUCUGGAGAAGCCACAGGAACCCAUAUUCAAAGCCAAAAAUGUAAAGUUAGAUAUGGUACAACUCAGAGUUCCUGUGUGGGUAACUGAUGUAGCCUAUCUUCAGGAUUACCAUAGUGUAGGAAUAUCUACUAGAUACAAAAAUAUACGUCUUUACGAUCCUGGUAGGCAGAGAAGGCCUAUAAUGGAUUUUGAGUGGGGAGAAUAUCCACUAACCACUAUUGCGGCAGUUCCCACCAAUGAUAAGCAGGUGGUUGUAGGAGCAUCUCAUGGAAGAAUGGCUUUGUUUGACUACCGUGGAACAAGGCCAGACAUGCCUGUUCAUGUUUUUAAAGGAUAUGCUGGAGCUGUCCGAGAUAUUGUAGUCCAUCGUGAGCAUCCAUUGGUUUUCACAGUUUCCAUGGAUCGUUUCUUGAGAGUACAUCAUUUGUGGUCUACGAAGGUGCUCUUCAAUGAAUAUUUGAAGUCAAGACUCAACUGUCUGCUAGUAAAGGAUGAAAUUAAUACUAAAGAUUUCAUACCAGUCAUUAAAAGACCUGUGAAGCGGAAAAAGAAAGCCAAAGUUACUGAGGAUAAGGAUGAUGUCAUUCUUGAGCCUACCAAGGAGAAAGUUGCAAGAUCGGACGCUGAUUGGGCAGCACUCAGUCUAUGAUUUGCUUUUAGAAUACUGGAGAGAUUAAAUUUACUAAUAA